CCCGGCGCGGGUGGGAGCCGCUGACUCAUCUGCCACCAUCAUCAUCCCCCCCUCCCCGAGGAAGGCGAUCCGAGGGGCUGCAUUGCAGACCCAGCCGCGCCCGCAGACAAAAGCCACGCCGCAAACCACCCGCGGCUCCCCCGGCACUCAGACCCGCCCGGCACCGAGAGCAUCACCCCGCGAGCCGGCCUGCACAGAGCCCCAGGAUGCUGGACACCAUGAGCAGCCAGUACGACUCCUUCAUCUACUGGAGGAUGCCGAUCCCGAGGCUGGACGUGGCGGAGCUGGAGGGGCUGGGGCUCGCAGACAUGGCCCUCUACAAGCCCAAGGCAGGGCUGGGCCAGCGGGAGCGGCUCAGCCAGGACCUGUCCCCAGAGGAGGAGGACACCCUGCUGCCGUUCAACACCUUCAACUUCUGGCGGGCUCCCAUCGCCAGCAUCAGCUCCUUAGAUUUCGAUCUAAUCUGAAGCCCUCCCUGCCCCUCCUCACCCCUCCCUGCUCUCCCCCUCUCCGCCAGGGUUUGGUUUUUUCGUCACUUGGGGGGCUUGUAGGAUUGGUUUUUUGUUCGUUUCUGGGCGGUUUUGCCAUCGCUAAUUAACUCAGCAGUUCACCGUGGGCUCGAGGCUGAUGGGCUCCCUGAAAAACCUCCAGCCCCUCCCCGCUCCUCCCCCUUUCCCUCCCUUCUUGGCGCUGGAAUCGCAACGGUGCAAGGAGGGGGGAACGACACCGGGGGCAAAUACGAUGGGAGGGGGCAGAAAGAGCCCCCCCUGCUGCCCCUCUCUGUGUCUGGGAGGUCCUGGGGGGUACUGGUGUGACCGUGGGUGUCCCCGCCCCGUGUGACACCUUUUCACCUCAUUCCUCCUGUGCUUUUUUAAGAACACUCAUUUGUGCAAUCGGGGCGGUGGGAAUUGGCCCUCUGCGUUCCCCUGACCCAGUUUCUCCCAAAUCUGCCUCAUUCCUUACCCUUCCCCUCAGGAAUUCGAGGUGGAAGAGGCAGGGAUGUGCCCAGGGUACCACCACCAACCUCUUUCUUGAGAAAAAUAAUCGCUUUGAGUCUGGUGGGUUGAGCCCAAGCAGAAAAAAAUGAUGUCCAGGAGGGUAAAUACACAUGGAAAUGCUCUGACCUUGCUGGGUGGGGUCAAGGCUGGGCGUUCACUGCCUCAAAUUUGAUUUUUUCUUUCAUCUUUUUAUGCCUCAUGUGCUUUAUUCCCAGUGUGACUCCUGGCUGGGGCAGACACCAGGCACAUCACGGGGUCUGUGACAGGGGCUGAGCUGAAAGAGAAGAUGGAGAAUUCAGUUUGAUCUUCCCCCCAAAUGGAAAUAUUUCAGAUUUCCUACCCAAUUAAUCAACCACUUUAAAAACAACCAAAAAAUGCUGCAUUUGCUCAAGUGGAAGCCUUGAGUUUUCUUCGGGGAGAUUUUUCACCUGCUGAGGUUUAUUUCUGAGCAUCAUCUCAAAAUGGGGGGGAGAAAAACCCAAUUUAAACAGUUAUUUCUACCCCCCUAAGAUUGUUUUUCUGGGAUUGGUUUGUCUUCUUGAGUGUGCUUUUUUUGGGUUUGACUGGGGUGAAGUGAUGUGGAGCAUCCCAAAAUUGUCCUGAGAGCUGGGGGGUACGUGGCUGGGGGCAGGCCGAGGCAGCACUUUGAAAGUGCCACAAAUAGGCAGAAGUUGGAAAAAAAUCUGCAUUCUACUGUGAAAAUAGAAUGCUGCUCUCCUGUAAUCUCCAGAAAUAACCAAGUGUGCUGAUUUUGAACCAUCCAUGUAAAAACAGAGGUGAAAAAUGUUAAUUCUCCUCUACAGAGCUGUUUGACUUCUGUGUUCCCAGCUGGGAAAACCUGCAGGAGAAGUAUUUAUUAUGAAACCUUAAAUAAAAUCAGUUAAAAACAUGCA